CCUCCGCCCGUGCCCUCGUCCGACCCGCGGCUCUCCAUCGACCACGACCGAAGUCCACCGACCGCGACGACCGACAGCACCAGCAACGAUGAGUACGACCUGUUCAAGCUCAAGCCCGCCGAGGCCCUGCAGCUGCUCAGCGCCGGCGUCGAGCUGCUGGUUCGCAUCACCGGCGACGUCCCGCCCACUCCUCCCCCGAAGACGCCCACGGAUCCCCAGAUGAGCAAUAUGCAGGCUGAGAAGGAGAACAUUGCGCGGUCGCACUCGGAGAAGAGCCUCGCGCGGCUACGGGCCCAGGCCCUCAGGGAAGAGCAGGAAGAAAAGCUCAGGAAGCAGCGCCAGCAGCAGCAGCAGCAGCUCCAAGAAAAGCAGCAGAAACACGCCCACAGGAGCGGUGGCUCGUCGUCCAUUGACGGCGUGCGGCUAAAGCACGACGCCCUGCGACGCGCGAAUCCCUCGUCCUCGGCCCCGAAUCUGCAUCCUCCCGAGCCGUACAUUGUCGUCGGGGCAGACUCGCAGCCCCUGAACCUCCAGCACGGCGCCAUCACGCGCAAGUUCUAUAGCAAAAACGAACCCCCGAUCUCGGUCAACCAGUAUCUGCAGCGACUACACCAGUUCUGCCCGAUGAGCACGGCCGUCUAUCUCGCCACGUCAUUAUACAUCCACCGCCUCGCUGUCGAAGAGCGUGCUAUCCCGGUAACGAGACGAAACGCGCACCGGUUGGUGCUCGCAGGCUUGCGCGUGGCCAUGAAGGCGCUCGAGGACCUUUCGUACCCGCACACAAAGAUCGCCAAGGUCGGCGGCGUGAGCGAGGUCGAACUGGCGAGGCUGGAAAUCAGCUUCUGCUUCCUUGCGGGGUUCGAGCUCGUUGUGAGCGCAGAGCGGCUGAAGAAGCAUUGGGCGGUAUUAAGGGAGGGCAAAAUCCAGCGCAUGGUCGAUGGGAUCGAGGUUCCGCUGCUGAAGCUG